AUGGUGCAGGCGGCCAACUCGGGCCACCCGGGCGCGCCGAUGGGCUGCGCGCCGAUGGCGCACGUCCUCUGGUCGGGCGUCAUGUCCUACGACCCUGCCGACCCGGAGUGGAUCAACCGCGACCGGUUUGUCCUCUCGAACGGUCACGCGUGCGCGCUGCUGUACUCGAUGCUGCACCUGACGGGGUACGGCGUGUCGAUCGACGACCUGAAGCAGUUCCGCCAGCUCGACUCGAUCACCCCCGGCCACCCCGAGAACGGAGUCACCCCCGGAGUCGAGGUGUCGACCGGCCCGCUCGGCCAGGGCAUCAGCAACGGCGUCGGCCUCGCAAUGGCGCAGGCGCACCUCGGGGCGACCUUCAACCGGGAGGGCUUCUCGCUGAUCGACAACUUCACCUACGUCAUCUGCGGCGACGGCUGCAUGCAGGAGGGCAUCUCCUCCGAGGCUGUGGUGCUCGUAGGCCACCUGCAGCUGGGGCGGCUCAUCGUCCUGUACGACGACAACAAGAUCCAGAUCGACGGCGCCACCUCGCUCGCCUUUUCGGAGGACGUCGGCAAGCGCUACGAGGCUUACGGCUGGCAGGCGAGCGCGCCACGCAGCGCCGCGCCCCGGCACACGACGACACACACACACACCCCGCCCGCCGCUUCCGGCUCCUCGCACCUGAGGCGCGAGGGUGACACCUCCCGCGUGCAGUACGAGUGGCUACGCCGCAUCACCGGCCAGCCACUCCCCGGACGGCCGCAGCAGCAGCCGCCCUUUGGCAGGAGCGGCGGGGCGGAGCAGGCCGUCUUCGUCGCUGCGGAUGACGACCAGUCGGCUCUCCUCGGCGAGUACGCCGCCGCCCACCCCGCCCUCGCCGCCGAGUUCGAGAGGCGGCGCGCGGGAGAGCUGCCUGCCGGCUGGCGCGAGGCGCGCCGCUUCCUCCCAGCAGCAGCGCGCUCAAAGCCCCCGCCCCCGCACCCCGCCGCAGCCCUCGCUUCCCUCGAGUGGGACAAGCCCCUCGCGACGCGCCAGUCGUCGCAGCUCGUCCUCAACAAGCUGUGCGAGGUGGUGCCCGAGCUCGUCGGAGGCUCCGCCGACCUGACACCCUCAAACCUCACAAAGUUCAAGGGCGCCGCCGACUUCCAGGCCCCAUCCCCCCACCCCUUGGCGCCACGACACGCGGCCUCGCCCGAGGGGCGCUACAUCCGCUUCGGCGUGCGCGAGCACGCGAUGGCAGCCCUCUGCAACGGGAUGCAUGCCUACGGCAUGCUCCGCCCCUUCUGCGCAACCUUCCUCAACUUUUUCGGGUACGCGGCCGGCGCGGUGCGCGUCUCCGCCCUCUCGCACUUUGGCGAGGACGGGCCGACCCACCAGCCCGUCGAGGCGCUCGUCAACUUGCGCGCCACGCCGAACUUGCUCACGCUGCGGCCCGCCGACGCGAACGAGGUAGUCGGCGCGUACAUGGUCGCGAUGGAGCGCCCGAAGACGCCGGCGGUAAUCGCGCUCUCGAGGCAGGGCUGCGCCAACCUGGCGGGGUCGCGGGCGGAGGCGGUUGCGCGGGGCGCCUACGACACGCCGCCGCAGCUGGUGCUGGUCGGCACCGGCUCCGAGGUGCAGACGCUCGAGCAGGCGGUGCCGCUGCUGGAGGGGGUGCGCGUGCAGCUCGUCUCGAUGCCGUGCUGCGAGCUCUUCGACUCCCAGCCGCGCGAGUACAAGCACGAGGUGCUGCCGCCCGGCGUGCCCGUGCUGGCGAUGGAGGCCCUCGCGGCGGAGGGGUGGUGCAAGUACGCGCACUCGGUGAUCGGCAUGCGCUCCUUCGGCUGCUCGGCGCCGGCCAAGGAGGUGCAGAAGCGCUUUGGCUUCACGGCCGACAACGCGGCGCUGAGGGCGCGCGAGCUGCUGCAGCACUACGCGAACAAGCUUGCGCCGGACUUGCUCGACAGGCCUGACAACUAGCCGUGGCCGGCGGGCGCAUGCGGCGGGGGCGGGCGGAGCGGAGAGGCGGCAGCGCCACGCAGCAGUGGCCGCGCGACCGCGGAGCGAGGUCGGCGCGUCCGCGCUGCUCCGCAACGCCGCGCGUGCGCAGCGAUCCUCUCCCCCCCCCCUCCCCAUACUAUGGACAUGUUGAUUGUUGUGCGCGCGUGCGGUUCGCCGCAGGUUCGCCGCGGGCCGUGCUGGGGCCGGACACUGCACGUGAGGAGAGAGAGCGAGUCGAGGCUGCGCCGAGAGAGAGAUAUAAGGCGAGAGGUGUGCACACCUGCUUGAUCGCUGAUGUGCGCUUGUGUGCACGCGCGCGCUUUCUAUGGGUGCUGUCUUUGAUGUGACUGGUGCUGUGAAUUUUAUGUAUGUAAGCGCUGGGCUGCUGUAUACCGCCCGCAUACGUGCC